GAAGUUACACUCGCGGUCGCCAACGACUGUCCGCGCCGCCACCAGACGCUGUAAGAGCGGCGUCUGCGUCUGAUUCAGUGGCCGACGUAGUCUGUACGAAAAAAUAAUCAGAUAGUCCGCUUUAUACACUCCGUCAGAUCGACGAGCACGAGACGACGACCGGAAGUGACUCGGUUUAGCCUUCAUAAAACAAUCCGUUCAAACCGGAAACGUCGCCGCACUCGCGGAGGUUUGACGACGAGCAGCGGCCCGGGGGGGGGGAGGAGGAGGGGGAGGGGGGAUGUGAGUGACAGAGGAAACCAGAGCUUCACAUCCUCUGCUUCGGGUCACACCUGCCGCACGUUGACGUCACCGACGUCGUUCACCUGCGCCACACCGGAAGUACCUGCUGCCUGACCUGAGCCCCACCGAGCUCCUCCUCCGAUCUCCGCGCUUCACCACGACGUGACCAUGGAGCUCCCGCGGAGUCCGCGAGGCGCGCUCGGGCCCCCCGGGCCCCCCUGCCCCGCCGGAGGCAGCAGGUAGCCGCCAGGCGGGCGCGAUGAUGCGGUGCGACGUGGAGUACAGCCCGGUGGGAGAGGUGCCGGCGAUGCGCGACUUCUGGCUGUACGUGUGGCUGCGGCGGGCGGCGGUGAUGGCGGCGCACGUCACCGGCCUGGUCCUGACCCUCGUCAUCUGCCUGCUGUCCAGACCCGGAACCAGUCUGUUCUCUUGGCAUCCGGUGUUGAUGUCGGUCGCGUACUGCCUGUGUAUGACGGAGGGCAUCCUCCUAUUUUCCGCCGAGGGAAAUCCCUUCUGCUUCAAAUCCCGCAAAGGCAAAGUCCGUCUUCACUGGUUCUGCCAAGCUCUGGUCCUGAUCGCCGCGGCCACUGGCCUGGGCUUCAUGGUGGCGAGCAAGAACGUGUCGGAGCUCCCCCACCUGGCCACCUGGCACAGCCUGCUGGGCGCUGGCACCCUGGCGGCCACCGUGCUGCAGGCGGCCUGCGGCCUGUGCGUGGUCUUCCCCAAGCUGCUGUGUCUCACUUCCUCCCUGCCCAAAGUGAAGCUGUACCACGCCACCUGCGGCCUGGUGGUCUACCUGCUGGCCACUGUCACCGUGGUGUCGGCCAUGUUCUCAGACUGGUUCCAGGCCUCGGUCAAAGGCUUGGCCUGGUGGGUCUUCCUCCUGCUGCCCUUCCUCCCGGCCCUGGUGGUGAUGAACCAGAUCAGUGGUGCCUACCUGUCGCGCAAGAAGAUCACCAGCUAGAAGGAGGCGAGGCUCAAACACCAAUAGCUGAUGCUGACUAAUGGAUCAAUUUGCACCUUAAAAUGACAAUUUCUCUUCGCAAACGUUCACACAGAUGAUUCGGCUGUCGUCCACCAGGACGUUAACAGCUCAGUUACAUAAUCGGUGAAAUGACAGAAGUCAGCUUGUGGCAGUAUUGAGGGAACCUCGUCGUAUGGAUGUCAGAUAUGUUUCAGAUAUGUUUCCUUUGAUGCCUCCCGGACUGCAGCUUGCAACACUUCAACUCGGAGAAUCAAAUGACCCUAUGCACAAUGUGUGUGUGUAUGUAAACACACGAACCCGAGGACACAAUAAACCACGUGUGAACUGUUUCUGUCCGUCGUCUGUCCAGAGGAACAAUUGCAGUGAAAGUCAAAGUGUGACAGACUCUGUGUGUCGACUGCUUUCUGACUGUGGAUGAUUCUAGACCAGCCUGGAAAUUCUAUUUAUUUAUUUAUUCAGCAAUCAUUUCCAAGAAAAAAAAGUUUUAAGGCUGAAUGUAGUGUUUCAGCAUUGAAAGCUGCAUCAAUUUAUAACUUUAUUAUCAACACCGAAUCCAGCCAUGACACGAGACAGUGGAGCAGUCAGGAGGAUCGCUCAUCACGCCUGCCUGCCUGUUCUGAUUCUCUGAUUCUGUCUCUGGUCCAUGAACCCGACAUACUUCCUGCACUGAUGUUUUUCUCAGGAGUUUGUGAUAAACUUCUCUUCGCCAGGUCGACCCGUCUGCUGAACGGGCGUUUAUGAAUAUGCAACUGUUUGACUCACUUGAACAUGUGAGAAUUGAUCUCAAUCUCUGAGAAGUGAUUACUAAUGUAAAAACGUAGCUGAUUGCGCUGAAUAAAUCAUGAACUUGUUCUUGUUAGGGGGGCAGGCGAGCAACGAUAAUCAUACACUGAUUGUAAGACCUGAUGAGCGUCAUAUAUUUAUUUGGUUGUUUGGCAUAUUUUCAUUCUGUUUCAUCGUGAAUGUUUUGACUUCUUUAACGUGAAGCACUUUGUAUUGCAAUUUGUGCAUUAAUUGUGCUUUAUAAAUAAAGUUUGAAGAUUUCAUUCA